UUAUGAACUUUGGGUGGAAGUUCCAGUCGAACCAUCACUGAAUGGGGCGGGACUGUGACUUGGAUUUCCCAAGACAUCCCGUGUUAUCACUCCAAGAACAAAUAUGCAAGAGGCUAUGUUCCGCUAGAAUUAAUGACACUUUUGGAAACCGGCAACUGUAGAAUCCAAAGUUCGUGUUGUGGAGUGUCGGUGGAGGGAUAUCUUAAGGAGACGAGUGUAGCAAUCAUACAACCGGCGUGAAGUGAAAGCAAUCAGUUACAAUUGCUGACUGGCGUCAAUAAAGCUGCGUCACGUUGACGGGGCUUCCAUACGUUUCCAAGUAAGAGAAGGAGAGAUGGAGAACGGUGAUGUGAGCAGAGGGAUGGCUGGCUCAGGAGAGAGCAGUGUGGAGUUCAGGCUGCUGAUGGCCUACGCGCAGAGAAGACGACCCAGAAGUGGGCAGCAGCCACAGCCUCAGCCUGGCGGAGAACCCCCCAGGAGCCCCAACAGGAAGAGGAAGAGGUCCAGCAAGCUGAGGAAGCUGCUGCUCAUGUGUGUGGGUCCCCAGGGAGACAGAGAAGAGGAGCCGAAGGGAGAGACUGUUGAUGUAACCAGUUUGGCAGACAGGCUGAGCAGUAUUGUAGAUUCGGUGGACAUGAACGUGGAUGACAUUGAGGCAGACGGCCAAGAUGAUGUCAUUCAGCAAAUCGUGGACCUGUUGCGAGAGUCCGGAGACCAGUUCACCGAGAAGAUAAAGGAGGACAAGGUUUUGGCUCGGCACUUCGGCGGCGGCGACUUCACCUACGCCGCGUUCGCGAGGAUCGCCAGCCGGUUCCUCCAGGAGGUGGCGCCCUCCUCCUCCUCCUCCUCCUCCCCCUCCGGCGCAGUUUCCAGGAUCGCCCUGGCCUGCGAGGUGACCCGGAAGCUGACCGCCGUGGACGGGCACCCCAUGAACAUGGUGAUGGGCUUCGGGGCCAAAUACCUGCGGGAGAACUUCUCCACCUGGGUGCAGCAGCACGGGGGAUGGGAGAAUGCAUUUGCCGAUGCAGAAGAGGAUGAGGUCGAGUGAUGCGGAGGAGGAACGGGGUCUCCCGCCCGGACCGCGGAGGGGCGUGGAGCUCCCCAGCCCCCGCCCACUCUUCUUCUCUGGGCUUCAUCUGUAGCGAAACAUUCCGUGCCAAUCGAAAGCUUUCUUCUUUGUGCAAUGAAAAGGCCAAUCAAAAUGGCUACCCGCCAGAUAAAUGCGAAGUGAGCCCGGGUCCCUGCGGCAGGUAAACUCGACGUGACGUCCAUUAAUUACAAAAAAAAAAAAAGAUUCAUCGGCCAGUCACAAAAUUAAUUUCAGAGGUUUCUUCUGUGCGGUUUCCCGUUGGGAGUAUUUGCGAUGCUUCCAGCGCAACAGAAGCUCUGUUGAAUAUUGUCAAACAGACAAAUACAGAAUGAAGUGCAAAGUUCAACAGCCACUUAAGCCAAAUGCUAAGGCCACGAAUGAACACACUUUUUGGUUAAUUAUUUGCACAUGUAGGCCUACUCGGGGAGGGUCAGACUUUACUGCAUUACACCCUGCAAUUAACGAAUGGAUUUGCACGUUGAGAUAUUUUUUUCCACAUAGGGUGCUUUGGGGGACUCUGUACACACUUAGAUAUAAGAUAAUACGUUUAUGAGUGUGCUACUACAUAUAGGUAUAUUGAUACCCAAUCAAUCCACCUACAUAACCGUAUUUGCAGCUGCCACAAAGAUGUUAGCAUUACAUCAUUACAUCAGUCUUGUCCUGCCAGGAAAUUGAGCCAUUAUGCAACUGGACUGGUACCAAGAUGACUUGUACAAUCAAAACACCACAGUGGCAAUGGCGGCCAACGGUUAUAGUUCCACUGCAGUACGUCGGGGUUAAAUCUUGAUAAUUGUUAAAAUUAUAAUGAUAAUUACAAAUGACUGAAAACAAGACUGAGAAGGCCCUGUGUUCGCUGUUUGAGAGGUCAGUUAGUUUCACUGAAGCUUUGAUUCAAAUGUUUUGUUUGAGGAGCUCUUUGGCUGUAGUGUUCUCUCAGUGAGGCAAACUGAUCUCAGGUCUGUACAGCACCAGCCCCAGGGACUUUCCUCAUCUGGAUCCGACUGGUUUCAUCUGGAUCUGACUGGUUUCAGGCGGAUCUGACUGGCUUCAACUAGAACUGUCACACCGGUUUUGGCCAGCAGGUGUCGCCUAAUCUAGACAAUGUAUUUUAUUUCAGUGUAUUCCCAGUGCAUUACAGUUCCAUUACAGUAUAUACUGAA